UUUAUAUGCAAUUGUAAAGUUGUUUUGAAGAGUAAAUUUUCGAAUACAUUCAUAUGUGGAAAAUUUGCUGAAGUGUAAUUUUUGCUGUUAAUUUUUAAAAAGUUUAUUUAUAGAAAUCAAUUAUCAAUACGAAAAUGGCAUCUUUAGAAGAUAAAUCUAUUUGGGAAGAUGGUGAGGAAAGUCUUGGAGAAGACGUCCUGCGAAUGUCAACAGAUGAAAUCGUUUCUCGAACUCGAUUGUUAGAUAAUGAAAUAAAAAUAAUGAAGAGCGAAGUAAUGAGAAUCUCUCACGAGUUACAAGCUCAAAAUGACAAAAUCAAAGAGAAUACCGAAAAGAUUAAGGUAAACAAAACCCUGCCAUAUUUGGUGUCGAACGUGAUAGAAUUGCUGGACGUCGAUCCACAAGACAUGGGCGAAGAGGACGGAGCAGUCGUGGACUUGGACGCUCAACGAAAAGGCAAGUGCGCCGUCAUUAAGACUUCGACUCGACAAACAUACUUUUUACCAGUGAUUGGUCUCGUUGAUGCGGAAACUCUGAAGCCAGGCGACCUCGUGGGUGUCAACAAAGACAGCUACCUGGUUCUAGAGACACUGCCCGCCGAAUACGAUGCCAGGGUGAAGGCCAUGGAAGUCGACGAAAGACCCACUGAGCAGUACUCCGAUAUCGGUGGACUGGACAAGCAAAUCCAAGAACUGAUUGAAGCCGUUGUGCUCCCUAUGACUCACAAGGAGAAGUUCGAGAAUUUAGGUAUUCAACCGCCCAAGGGAGUUCUCCUCUAUGGACCACCAGGAACGGGAAAAACUCUUUUGGCUCGUGCUUGCGCAGCUCAGACAAAAUCGACCUUCUUAAAACUCGCGGGACCUCAGCUCGUCCAGAUGUUCAUUGGAGAUGGUGCAAAAUUGGUCAGAGAUGCGUUUUCAUUGGCUAAGGAGAAAGCGCCCGCUAUCAUUUUUAUCGAUGAAUUGGAUGCGAUUGGAACGAAGAGAUUUGACUCGGAGAAAGCUGGUGACCGUGAAGUACAACGUACCAUGUUGGAGCUAUUGAAUCAAUUGGACGGCUUUAGUUCUACAGCAGAUAUUAAAGUGAUUGCUGCGACAAACAGAGUAGAUAUUUUGGAUCCAGCUUUACUUAGAUCGGGGCGUUUGGACAGAAAAAUUGAGUUCCCUCAUCCGAAUGAAGAAGCAAGAGCGCGCAUUAUGCAAAUCCAUUCGCGUAAGAUGAACAUGUCUCCAGAUGUGAACUUUGAAGAAUUGUCUAGGUCGACUGAUGAUUUCAAUGGUGCGCAGUGCAAGGCAGUCUGUGUUGAAGCGGGAAUGAUUGCAUUAAGAAGAAACGCAACGGCAGUUACACAUGAAGACUUAAUGGAAGCUAUUAAUGAAGUGCAAGCUAAGAAGAAGGCGAAUCUUAAUUACUAUGCUUAAAUAAUUUAAGAAAAUGUUUAAGACAAUGUCAGCAUCGUUUUCUAUACAAGGGAAUUAAUAAUUGCUAAUAAAGUAUGUUAUGUGAGCGUAUAUUUAAGAAUAAACAAAAUUAUUUGUAGUACA